UGCUGAGCAUCGACGACUACUACAUGACCGAGGUUAUGGAGGAGAAGACGGACGAGCGAGGCGUGAAGCGGAAGGUUCCCGUCACCAAGUACCAGCACGACGCCGAGAUGGAGGAGGCCAGCCUGCUCCGGUCGGUGAAGAAGACGGCGGGGGAAGGAACAAUCCUUAUGGUCAAAUUCAGGACCGGGGACGUAAGCCUUCGAGAAGGUCGACGAAGACAUAGGAUGGUAGACGACGAAGACGACGAGUUCAAAUGUGAUUGCGGCUUCGAAUGCGAAGACCGUGUGCAUGUAGUCGCGGAAUGUCCGUGGUACAACGAGAGGGAAGUGUACGUGACUGAGCUGGGAAAAAUAGAUGGGACGUACAGGGAGAUGUUUGAGGCAUGGAAUAGAGAGGAAAGGACCGUAGCUGUAGUGGGGCAUAGGAGGUGGGUAUGCUUGAGCCGGGACACCCACAACUGGGGUGCGGAUAGGCUGAACGACAUGCGCGCCAAGUGGGAGCCUACUCCGGACCACAUGAUCCUCAUGGACGUCAAGAAGCUUACGGGCGAGGUGUCUACGAUCGACGAAGUGGACAUGUCCGACGGAGCGAGCGACGACGAGGACAUGAAGGAUGACAUCGGCGACGCCGACAGCAGCGGUGCCGCGGCCGAACCCGCCGCCGCCGCCGCCGCCGCCGCCGCCAUUGCUUCCAACACCAAGCCGGAAAAGGAGACGGUCUCCUCACCAGGCGACGAGGGCGUGAACGGUGGCAGCGGCGGGACCGUUGCGACCGCUAGCGGCGGCGGCGACGGCGGCGGCGGCGACUCGCUGAAGGACCGGGGGUGGGUGGCGUCGGUGUCGUGCACCACCACCACCAAGGGUAGCUCAGAAAAGUUGGCAGCAACAGCAAGGAGGUGGGACGAAGACAGCGACAGCGACAGCGACGGCGACGGUACAGGAGGAGGAGCGUUCUCCGAAUUUUUCUCGGAUGGCCCCCCGCAGAAGGCCAGCAUCCAGAAGAAGAGCGGCGUCAGCGGCGCCACCAGCAAUAGAGCCGGCGGCAACAGCGGCGGCGGCGGCGGCGGCGGAGUCAGUGGCAGUGGUAUUGGUAAACGUAGUUUCGGUAAGGCAAGGGGGGGCGCCGUGAAGCGGAGGAAAAAGACGGAACACAGCUCGCCGCAGCACGCUCUAUCGGUGGGUGCAAGGACGCUUAAAGGGGGUGGAGGGUGGGGGUUCUGGCGUUUAAGGAGUGUUUUGCCGGGAGGCGCGCGCUUUCGCGUUUUGCAAGCAUCAGGAGUUCAGUGCGGGCAUGCCUUGGACGCCGUACGGCUGGCUGGCUGCUGACGAUGGCGCUGUCGUGCGUAGGCUUGUCGUUCGGUGCUCGGACGCUUUUGUACCCGCCCUCCAAGCCGUGUUCUUAAAAGCCAUCCUUGCGGGCAGUGAUGGAUCGACUGCUGCAGAACGCGACUUGGCGGAGUUGCGGUUUCUGGGAUCCCUUGCUUAUAGCGCUAGCUUGUAUCGCUAGCUUGUAAAUCGUGUUUCGUCGGUGUUGGUUUUUAGCUGUCGUUGCUUUUGUGCCGUCGUCCUAAGUGCUAACGCUACUGCUGGUACCGGGUGCUAGUGCUGGUGCUGGUGGUGCUGUAGAAUCCACCUCCUCUGAUGGCUGCUGUCCCAUGCGCACCCCCCCGCACCAGCUGCUGCGUCCAUUGCUCCCGACCUGCUUCCCCGCCAUAGCCAGGGCGAUACCAACGCUUCCCCUUUGCCGUGCGUACUGCACGCACUCGAACGUCUUCUCCUCCUCCUCUUCCUACUACAACUACGACGACAUUGCGUGCCCACGAGACAACUGCACCCUCUUCCUCUUUUGUGACACGCCGGGAGGAGAGUCGAGUUGCCGCAGAGCCUGCAGAGGUUCAACAAUGGCGACUGCGCGAACCACGGUGCUCUAAACAAUAAACAAAUCGCCGGUGUGAAAUCACCUCACGCAAUCCCC